GUUUUUUUUUUUCAUGUUUUCUUUCUUUCCCCGAACUUUUUUGAAAUAGAAUUGAUGGUUCAUCUUCCUGGUAUCCAGAAGAUGCAGAGGGUAUGAGCAGGCUCCCAGGGGCCGAAAGCAAACACAAGCAGAGUAUGCUGAGAGGUUUUCCCCCUUGCUAGAAUUGAAAUGAUCCCUCCCCAGGGCAAAACUUCUCCCUGGGAGCUACAGGGCAGGAGCAGGCAGGAGUCUCUUCCUGCCAGAAAGGAGCAGCUGUUCAGGGGGCAGAAGCUGCUGCAUGUUGUGCUCUGGGGAUCCCAGCCCCACAUACAACUGUUCAAGCUUUUCCUGAGGGUUUGUUUUGCAUCCCCCAUCCUGGGAUAGCAAGAGGAAAGGCUGCUACAGAGGUGCAGGGACCAGGCAGGAUGGCUACUUGUUGCCCACCAGGAUGGAGACACCCAUGGAGGCAGGGAAAGAGGAGCUGGGUCAGGGAGCUCCAGUGCUGCUCCGAGGAGCUCUGGAUGUACAGAAACAGGCUGGACAUGGAGCAGAGAAGCCGUGCUGGUACCUGGAUUCCAGGGUAUCACUGUGGCCAAGAUUAGGGGCAGUGGGAAAGGCUGGCAGUCAUGCAGGGCUGGAGGUAAACGGAUCAAGCAGCAAUUGGCAGGCUCAGCAAGGAGAGGCUUAGCUCAACCCAGCACAGAUUUGCUCUCGUUGCUCUGGAGCUGGGGCAGAGCUGUGGGUGGAGCACCCUCAGCACAUCACCUUGUGUCACCCCACGGGGUUUCAGCAGCUCCACUGCUGCUCCUCUGCACAUCCCUGCACCCACCUGUGCAUGGGUGAGAUGACUGCGUUCCCCACAGCACUGCCGGUGAGUGCCUGGGGUAGCUUUGGUGGCUCCAGGGAUUUUCAAACCUGCUUGAUUUUGGGGUUUUUUUUUGCAGCCCCCUGCACCAAAGCCAGGCUGGCUGCUGGAAGCCUGGGCACUCAGGACAGCUGGGUGCCAGUAAUCCCAUUUGCAGGCAGCACAGGGCUAAUCCUCGCAGAGCGCUGAGCGGAUUGAGCUGGGUUUGGGGGCUCAGUGGCGAGCUGCAGUGGCUGAGAGAGCCCACACAUCGCAGGGGUGGCUUCCCAGGGAGGCAGUGGUGAGCCUGGCAGGGGUAAGUUGCAGUGAUGGAGGUGAGGGAGAAGGCUGGGAUUUUUGCAGGACCACCUCUGCACAUCACGGGGGGGUUUGGUGAUCCGAAAGAGAGUCAGAGGAUGAGCUGUGCCGGUCCAUGGGGAGUGAUGCUGCAAGGACUGGGUAAUGUGGAGGUUUGAUCAGCUGCUGGGGGAGAAGGAAAGGCUGUGGUGCUUCCUGCUCCAAAUGAGACCAUGGAUCCGUGCCCUUCUUGCUCUUAGAAAUGAGACUAAAGCCCUUUGCUGGCUGGCAAAAGGAGCUGCCACAACAGGUGGUGGCACCGCUGGGUGCCUGCAAUGCAGCAGGCUGCAUAAGACUGCCAACUCUUUCGUAUCAUUGAAGGCAAAUCCUGGCCACUUAUUCCUGUUUCUUUCAGCAGCUAGUUUUGUGGAGACCCGCAAAUGUUUCUGCCCACUUCUUGUUCCGAUUUGGCAGAGGAACAGCCUCUGCCCUCCAAUUUUUUUCUCAGACCAAGGACAGGUGUAUGGUCCAGGCUUUUACAGCUGCACAAGCUCAUGUCAAGGGAGGAGGAACCCUUGGCUGACAAGGGGGACUUGCUGCAGUCUCAGGGGGCUUUCUCCAUGAUUGUUUGGUCUCAGUCAUGUACAUGGACCCUGGGCUUCUUUGGGACCUGUGAGAGUGCCAAAGCAUGGGUGGAAAUGUCUCUGCUGCACGGCACUGGCAGCUUUUCCUUGCUGUUCCCAGGGCAUUCACAGCUCCUAAAUCCCUUAUACCCAGUGAGAGAUACAAGGUAAUUUAAUUGGUUCCUGGUUGUCAGGCCUGUCGGGAGGUGUUUUACAGCCCCUCUGUCCAGCUGUGGGAUGUGGGGGUCUCUGGGAGAGCUGACCCUGCCCAUAGUGUGCUGGGGGCUGGAAGUGCUGUGUGGAGCGAUGCUGUGGCUGCAUCCAAACCCGGCUCCUGGCCUUGCUGAGGUGCAGGCAAGCGAACGGCUGAGGACACACAUCACCCUUCCUGCAAACCCCAGGCCAGAUUUAAGGAGCCAGGCUUUGGAGAGCCCCCAGUGAGCCAUCACAAGGGAACUGAAGAUGUCCUGCAUGCCUGAAAGCUGCAUGAGGGGUUAAUUCAAAGAGCCCAGUGCUGAGCAGCUUCCAGCCUCUACCUGCUGCAUGUGGGACUGGGAAUCAUGUGUGUAACUGGGAUUGAAACUCCAGUGCAGUCUCCUGGCUGGGCUGGAAGGAGCUCAGGGAUCUGCUUUCUUUUGCCCUUCUCAGGUGUCACCUGAGGGCUGUCUGAGGUGCUCCUGAGCCCUUCAUUGAGCAGAGUGAGGAAUCUUUAGAGGGGCAUUUUGGGCAGAGCGCAGCCCUUCAGAGGGGCAACAGCAAGUGACACCCCAGUUUGAGCUGGAUGAGAGCCUUGUUCAGUUCAGCUCUUGUUCUCUUGUUCAGUACCUAAGAAUGGGAAUGUGCAGCAUCACUUGGCUCGCUGGUGCUGUAUCCCAGCCUGGACCUGCUUCACAGAGGGAAGGAAGGGACCCAAAAAGACCAAGCAGCCAGAGCUUGGACAGCUGAAUCCCUGCUCUACAACAUCUUACUUUUACCUACCCUAUCAACAUAGCAGCCAGUGCUGGAUGCCUUUACUGCCCUUGCCAGAGCCCCCAGCAGGUACCUGCCCCAGCAGCCACCAUGUCCCUGGGAUGUGGCUGAAAGGUGGUGGAGCAGAGUUGUUUUAGGAGCAGAAAGAGGGGAUAUGUUUUUAAUGAACUUCCUCAUUAAAAAAAUUCUGUUCAAAUUACUGUUCAGCUUCCUUCCAAUGAGAAAUGAUGGGGAGAGUAGAGGACCCUGAGCAGAGCAUCACAACUUCUGUGAUCUAUCUGCAAUGGCCUCCUAGUCAGGACAGGUUGUGAAAAUAAAACAUCUAACUGAGGAGCUACCUUUAGGAAAAGCAAGUCUAACUGAGAUGGUGAGAAUAAAAUAGAGUGAGUAGUUUGCUCACAGUAGCAGUGAGGGAUGAGGAGCUGAGCUGGGUUUGCUCUGGCUGUGCUGCAGUGCCGUUUUUCCCAAGCAGGACGUGGAAACAGAAGGACACCAAGGACCUGUUUGGGCUGCUCAGGAGACAGCGUGAACAGCUGGUGCAGCUGCUAUUCCCUGGGCAGUGUGCAUCCCUGCUGCUGGGCUCUUGCCAGCUGGAGACCCCUCGGCACUGCCCGCAGCCAGCGGGAUGAUGGGCUGGAUUGACCGGGUGGUGCCCCAGCCCCCAGUGCCCCACGUGGCAGAGGAGACCCCUGUGCGGGAGCUGGAGCCAGCUAAGGCACCAACAGGAAAGGCCAGUGGUCCCACAGAUGUUGCUGACCGGGCACGCACUGAGGAAACGGAAAAGAAAGUGACCUUUGUGGUCUCUGAGGACUCGAGUUCUGUGUUUGACAGUGUGGGGAGUAGUGUGCUCUCCUGGCUCUCCUAUGGGCUGGAGAAGGUGAUUCCCCAGCCAGCCCCAGCCCCAGGGCUGCAGGCACUCGGGAAGAGCUUCGAGACAAGCGUCGACAUUGCUGAUGAGACAGAGGUCCAGGUCCUUGGGGAUGAGGACGACGAUGGUCUGGAGAUAACUCCCUUCGAUCCCGAGGAGGACGUCUCCGAGGGCGAAGCGGAGCCCAGCCCGCAGGAGUGGGCAGGAAACCGGGUCCUCAGCUGGCUGUCACAGGGCUUCGAGAGGAUUUUGCCGCAGCCAGAGGGGAUGAAAAAGCUGGAGACAGAGCCGAAGGAGAAGAGCGAAGGAGCGGUGGAAGACGCUAAAGGGACUAAAACCCAGGAGAAAUCCAAAUGCAGUGCUCCAGCCGAGGAGAAGGCAGCAGCAGCCAAGGGGCAGCCGCAGCCCGUGGCCACCCCCAGCCCUCGGCCCGCGGCUGUGGACGGCAGCAGGAUGUUCAGCUGGUUUGUCCAGGGGCUGGAGAAGGUGAUGCCGCAGCCGGUGACCAGGGAGAAGCAGGACACGCAGGGAGUGGCCACAGCAACCUCGAGUCCUGUGGAACAAAUUCAUGUAGCCCCUGGGGAACAGGAGGAAACUCAUCUUGUCCUGGAAGAGAUUGAUGAUGGCCAGAUUAACGAAGAGGUGGCGGCCUGGGCUCACAGGGCUGAGCUGGAGGCAGAUGCUCAUUCCCUUCCCACCAUACAGGAGGAACCUCAGGAAGAGGAAAACAGACUGUGCUUGGGCUCCCCAAACGUGACCAAGGGGGAAGAGGAAAAGGAGGAAAAGGAGAAGAAAGAGGAAGAGGAGAUGAAGCAAGAGGAGGAAAACAGGAAAAAGGAGGAAGAGGAGAGGAAGAAAGAGGAGGAAGACAGAAAAAAGGAGGAAGAGGAGAGGAAGAAAGAGGAGGACAGGAAAAAGGAGGAAGAGGAGAAGAAGAUGAAGGAGGAAGAGGACAGUAAAAAAGAGGAAGAGGGCAAGAAAAAUGACGAGGAAGAGGAGAGGAAGAAGAAGGAAGAGGAGAGGAAGCAAGAGGAGGAAGACAGGAAAAAGGAGGAAGAGGAGAGGAAGAUGGAGGAGGAGGAGAGGAAACAAGAGGUGGAGGAGGAAAGGAAAAAAGAGGAGGAGGAGAGGGAGGAAGGGGAGAGGAAGCAAGAGGAGGAAGAGGACAGGAAAAAGGAGGAAGAGGAGAGGAAGAAAAAGGAGGAGGAGAGUAAAAAAGAGGAAGAUGAGAGGAAGAAAGAGGAGGAGAAAAGUAAGAUAGAGGAGGAGAGGAAGAAAGAGGAAGAGGAGAGGAAGAAAGAGGAGGAGGACAGGAAGAAAGAGGAGGACAGGAAGAAAGAGAAAGAGGAGAAGAGGAAGAAAGAGGAGAAGAGGAAGAAGGAAGAGAAGAGGAAGAAAGAGAAGGAGAAGAAAAAAGAGAAGGAGAAGAAAGAGGAAAAGAGGAAAGAGGAAGAUAAGAAAGACGAGGAGCAGGAAGAGAGUGCAGAGGCACUCGCCAUUGGUUUGGGUGUUCCAGAGCUGAAUGGAAAGACAGGAUUAUGUGUUGUGUCUGCAGAUGCUGCUUCAUACAAACCCCUGCUGCAGCCACCUUGUCUCCCUGCUGAUAAGGCUGUGGAUGAAGCCUGCCUUGCCGAGGAGGCCCUCAGGGUUGAGCAGCUGGAAGAAGUUGAGAUAAGUAAUCUCCAAGGUGCUCUUGUGCAGGUGGAAGAGGAGACAGCUGAAGCUGGUGAAACCGAUGCUGAAGGAAAUUACCCCACCGUGGAGAUCAAGGCUGUGGAGAGCCCAGGCCAUGCUGUGGAGAUCCAUGGUACCCAUGGACCGGUGCCUGCUGCCGGCGCUCCCAACCUUCUGGCGGUGCCCGGCGCAGCAUCCCCCAGGAGGAAGCAACUGCUCCCAGAGGAUGGUCUGGACAAGGGGCUGGUGAGCCAAUCCCCCAGGCCAGUGCUGGGCUGGGAUGAGGAGCAGAGGGAAAGCCUGCCCCAGCGCAUCGGCUCGGCCACGAGCCUGAGCAGCGCCGUCAUCAACACUCGGCUGCAGGAGCUAGUGAGGCUCUUCAAAGAGAGGACAGAGAAGGUGAAGGAGAAGCUGAUUGACCCCGAUGUCACCUCGGACGACGAGAGCCCUGUGGCAUCUCCCACCAAGCCAGCACCUGCAGCAGCACCGGUGCCUGCCCCAGGAGGAGAGCUGGAGGGGGACAAACCCUCGGGGGAUGACCACUACUGUGAGAUGCUGUGCUGCACAUUCAAGCACCGGCCCUGGCUGGACCGCCUGAAGAGCUACCAGUUCCCCAGCAGCAUCGACCCCCUGACCAAUCUGAUGUACGUGCUGUGGCUGUUCUUCGUUGUCAUGGCCUGGAACUGGAACUGCUGGUUGAUCCCCGUCCGCUGGGCUUUCCCCUACCAGACUCCAGCAAACAUCCACUACUGGCUGCUGGUGGACUACCUCUGUGACCUCAUUUAUCUGCUGGACAUCCUCAUCUUUCAGACCCGGCUGCAGUUUGUGCAGGGGGGAGACAUCAUCACUGACAAAAAGGCCAUGAAAGAGAACUACCUGCGAUCACAACGCUUCAAGAUGGACGUGCUGUGCCUCCUGCCCCUGGAUUUCCUCUACUUCAAAGUGGGUGUCAACCCCCUGCUGCGCUUCCCUCGCUGUCUGAAGUACAUGGCCUUCUUCGAGUUCAACAACCGCCUGGAGGCCAUCCUGACCAAGGCUUACAUCUACAGGGUGAUUCGGACCACUGCCUACUUACUGUACAGCCUGCACGUGAACUCCUGCCUCUACUACUGGGCCUCAGCCUAUGAAGGACUGGGCUCCACCACCUGGGUCUAUGAUGGGGAAGGAAACAGCUACAUCCGCUGUUACUACUGGGCAGUGAAAACCCUCAUCACCAUCGGGGGCCUGCCAGACCCCAAGACGCUGUUUGAGAUCGUCUUCCAGCUGCUGAACUACUUCACAGGAGUCUUUGCUUUCUCCGUCAUGAUAGGGCAGAUGAGAGACGUGGUUGGUGCUGCUACUGCAGGGCAAACUUACUAUAGGAGCUGCAUGGACAGCACCAUUAAAUACAUGAACUUCUACAAGAUCCCCAGAACUGUUCAGAACCGGGUGAAGACGUGGUACGAGUACACGUGGCAUUCCCAAGGCAUGCUAGAUGAGUCGGAGCUGCUGGUGCAGCUGCCAGACAAGAUGAGGCUGGACAUCGCCAUCGACGUGAACUACAACAUCGUGAGCAAAGUGGCCCUUUUCCAGGGCUGUGACAGACAGAUGAUCUUUGACAUGCUGAAGCGGCUCAGAUCAGUGGUCUACCUGCCCAACGACUACGUGUGCAAGAAGGGAGAAAUAGGCCGUGAGAUGUACAUCAUCCAGGCGGGACAAGUGCAGGUGCUGGGGGGACCCGAUGGCAAAUCCGUGCUGGUGACUCUGAAAGCUGGAUCUGUCUUUGGGGAAAUCAGCUUGCUGGCAGCAGGAGGGGGAAAUCGCCGGACAGCAAACGUCGUGGCCCACGGCUUCGCCAACCUUUUUAUUUUGGAGAAGAAGGACUUGAACGAGAUUUUGGUGCAUUACCCGGAGUCUCAGAAGCUGCUGCGCAAGAAAGCCAAGAAAAUGCUGAAAAGCAACAACAAGCCCAAAGAUGAGAAAGGAGGCCCCGGAGAUGCGCUGAUCAUCCCCCCGAAAGCUGAGACCCCAAAGCUGUUCAAGGCUGCCCUGGCUGCCACGGGGAGGAUGGGGGGCAAAGGGACCCGGGGGCGGCUCCGCUGGAGGCUGCAGGAGCUGAAGGCGAUGCAGGAGACACAGGUUUCCAGUGUCAGCCCAACCCUACCAAAAUCACCAGUGCACCAGAGAUCACCUGUCAUGUCCCACAAAGCACAAACACGCCCAGGAGAAGAAAUAUUCUCAGAAUCUUCUGAUCAUUCAGUCACCAUUCGUGUGAUUUCCACAGCAAAAGAAGAAGAGGAAAUCCUUGCUGCUGAGAUUUCAGAGAAAGAUGAAAAAAAAGAAGAGAAAUGAAACAGCAGCAGGUCCCAGGGCAAGCGUAGGAGUCAGGCAAAUGCCUGGGCUAGCAGAUUUUUGUUGUUAAUGAUUUGCAUGCAGUGGCUGUAGGUUUUGCUAUGUGCUGUGGGUAGGAUCUGCCUCUCUCUUCUGCCCAAACCCUCAAUCACUGCUGAUAAAAGUCUCUGCCAUCUGACCCAGAAUCAUACAAGGUUUCUAUGCUCUGCAGAUCUAUUGAGCACCUUUGUUAAUUUCCCACUAAAUCUCAGGUCAGCCCCCUUGCUUUGAAAUCCAGCCUUGUGGAGGGAGAGCUAUGGAAAAACUGCUUUUUAUGGCUCUGGAUGGUUAAUGAGUGUUCAGACAAAGCAUGAAGAGUUAUUCACCUCUGACAGCUGAGUCACUGCUUGGCUAGAAACAACCAAGGGAAAAAAAACAAGGUUUCUCUGUUGGGCUCAAGGUUGACAGCAGCAGUGGGGAGUGAUUCAUCUGAAAAGGAUGUGGGCUAUGCUCACAGGCCAAGCAUGGAGCAAAUUAAACUGUCCUGAGAAUGCCAAGCUCUGUCCCCAAGUGCCCAGACUGCAAGAUGCUUGAGGGUCCCUGUGUGGUGCCAAGACAACCUUGGCUUUGCCACUGGGAAGAAUUCCUGCCAGCUGUCCACCCUGGGAAGGUGGUGGACUCUCCGUUACUGGGGGUUCUUAUGGACAGGUUUGAUGAGCAUCUUUCAAGGACAGAGGAGCACAAUUCUGGAUGAGAUGUUCCUGGAGGUCUUUUCCAGCCUUGGGAUUUUUCUGUGCUGCCACAGCUGGGAGGGAUAGAGCAGGAAGGGAGAAGCUGAGUUGGUUCCCAGCUGGGAGGGGAAAGAGAAGUGCAGUAAGUGCUCUCCUCUCCCAGACAGUGUUUCAGAGUCAGCUCAGAGCCUGUAACGUGCCAACAAGCAUGCACGAGCAUGCAGGUGCUCCCCUGCACUCAUUGCUGGAUGUCCACAUUUCCAGCAGGCAAUUUCCAGCCUUUCAGUCACUUCAGACUGGCUCUUGGCCACAUUUCCCAUGGAGAGAGAAGCCACUCUGGUGCUGCUCAUCACUGGAGUCAUGAAGUCACUCUCCCAGCCGUGCUGGGACUGGGUGCUGGAGGGGAAGGGAAACAUCUGGUCAGCAGCAGCACCCAGCUGCUGGCUCAAGGUAUCCCAUCUUCUUCCAGCACACCAGGUCCUUCCUCAUCCUCCUCAAAGCCAGCACCAAGCAGAGCAAGCUGCUGGUGAGCUGAGAGGUGGUGAGCAGUGCAUCAGGCGGUGCUGGAUGAGGUUCUGCAGCUCCUCCCCAGGUUUUGGGCUGUCCCUGUCCCCACAGCACCACUGGCUCCAUCGAAAGGAGCCACUCUCCAUCCUCUGGAGGAAAAGUUGGGGCAGGUUUUGCUGCAGGGCCCUGUCACCAUGGCCAAGGGGCUUCUCAGGUGUUCAGCAAAUGCUGUGAGCAGUGCUGCAGGUUCCACAGGUCUGGCUGUGACACAGCCAGGCUCUUGGUGAAGGGUGGCAGCGCUGGCGUCACCCCCUGGGUGAUCCCUCUUCCCAUCAGCAGCCUGGGGCUGACCUUCACCUCCUUUGGGAUCUUCUUUUCUUGCUUUUUUGCCUCCUUCUCUUGCGAAAUGUAUGGGUUUCGGGGGGGGGGGGGGGGGGGAAGGAAAAAAAAUAAGCCAAAAUAGAUGUUAGCACUUGUUAACUAUGUCUUUUCUUCUUUUGAAUAAAUUUAAUAAACUCCACUAUAUACUGCAGGAGGGUCUGGAGCCAUCACAUUGCAGGGGAGAGCCUGCACUCACCCAAACCUCCCUGAAUAUUUCUCAUCCUCAGUCAUUUGCAGGUGGUUUCCUGCCAGGUAGAAGAUUUUGGUGGGGAGUGCAAAGUUGAGGGUUUUUUGCAUUCUUUAAAGAUUUAUAUAAUCAAACCAGGAAACAUGCAAACAUCAAAUUGAGGCUUUGAUUUGCUGCUAUGAUUUAAUAUUCUUUAGAAAAAGCAUUUAAAUAAAUAGUGGGCUGUAAUUGCUCUCAUAAUUCACUGUAUCUACAAUAAACACCAUGUGG